AAAGGUGAGCUUGUGUGUGGUGCGAGCACCUCGGUUCAUGAGUAGAGACUAAUGAUGUCGAGGCGCUGGGGAGGCGAGCCUGUGAUGCCACUGUAAUCCUGCUGAUUACAGACGGUGCACGGUCUCUGUGAGGACUGAUCACAGAGUUCUGGACAGUCACUUCACAGGUGGCCUUUGUGUGUGUGGGCAUCUGUACUGUAGGUACAGUAUAUAUAUGAAGCAAACGGGAGAGGGUACUGUAGAAGCCGACUGGGAUCAGACUAUAGGACAUGGCAUGCAAUGAGUCUUUUAAUUUUGCAUCAGCAGCGGGGCAUGUCUCUCCUUGCCUGGAGUCUCACCAGGUGACUUAAAAGCCUCCGCUGUUCAUCUUUUGAUGUCAGCUUGAACGUCCCUGCACUGCUCUUUGUCUGGUGUGCAGGACACUGCGUUACCGACAGGGAUGACUCCCAUCAGUGCGUGGUUCGAGGCGGUGUUAAGGGAGGGCAAAGCUGCUUUUUCCACUUCUCAUGAUGUCUUCUAAUACUCUGGAGCCCUACAGGUACGAGCUUCAAACAGGCACGAGACGCCUCUGUCUCCGUCGACAGAGCAGAGACUGGGACUAAUCGCAGCGGGCGCCACGCACCUCAGGAAGGUAGCAAUUUUCCGUCAUUACCGUUAAAUCCUGCUUAAAAGAACCGGAUUCCACAGGCCUAAUUACAAGGUGUUAAUAAUAACAAUGUAAUGACAGUCAUUUUAAGGCCUGCCCAAAACCAUAAUCUAUCUCCCAACUGACUCUCUCAUUUAAGUGUGCUGCACAGUGAUGUCUGAAUUUUUUUUUAAAGCACCAUAAUGCUCAUUGAUUACCAUUGUGAUCACUCCCACAAUUGGUGUGUCGGGGCCUGCGAGUUGGGGCCGGAGUCAGGAGCCCUGUCAGCUUUUGUUAAGUGGAAAUACAGCUGUCUUCAGAUGUCGCACUGAUGCCUUUCAUCCGCUGACACAGCCAGGCCAAUCCAGCAGCCUAAUUGCAGGAUGGGAAAGAGUUUAGCAGAUCAGGGAUUGAUUUGCAUUCAUUUGUAGCCCCCCCCCCCACAAUACCACCCAUGAGUCUCAUCCAAAAUUCCUAUAUGGAUCAAGCCAGGACCUCAGAGGUAUUGUGUCAAACAUUUGGUUUGCAUUAAGCAGAGUGGAUACAAUCUGUUGUUGGCAGUAAUUAUAUGGCAAUACCUUGUGAGCCAUCCUCUCCCUGUGAAGCCUAAUCACUGCUAAACGGAGCCGAGCUGACCUGUUUUCUGGCCGGGGGGUGUGGCACCGAGGCAACCCCGUCCGAAGCUUCCCCAAAAAUUCGCGGUCCAAUCACAAGAGUCCGCCCCCAACCCCCUGGAUCAGGACGCACCGUCGACUGUGGGUCCCGUGUGCCUCCCGGAGUUUUCCUCCAGCUCCAACUUUUGUCAACUUUCUGACAAGAUACAUCCGAAGUGCUCUCCGUCAGGACGCCGCAUGUUUGCACUCCGUGCCGGAGAGUGAUGUCUUCCCCUGGAGAGGAGGGCUUCGCGCCGGACGGCGGGGCGCGACCCCCGUGGCCGAAGAGGCGCGCGGCGCACGUGCCCCGCCUGCCCUUCAGCGUGGAGGCGCUCAUGUCGGACCGGAGGCCGCCGGAUGCGACGGGCCGAGACGAGGGACCGGCCUCUUCCAGUGGACAUCGAGCGAUCGGACCGGACGAUGUUACCCUGCACAUGCAUUCUGUCAAAACCGAACCCUCGGAGCCAGGGCGCAGUGCGUCCUGGAUACCCGGCCCGAAUAAGAUGUCCACAUCACCCCGGCAGCUCAGUCCAGCAGUGUGCUCCCUGAGGAAGCACAAAACCAACCGCAAGCCCCGCACGCCCUUCACCACCACGCAGCUCCUGGCCCUGGAGAGACAGUUUCGCCAGAAGCAGUACCUGUCCAUCGCCGAGCGGGCCGAGUUCUCCUCCUCCCUGUCGCUGUCCGAGACCCAGGUCAAAAUCUGGUUCCAGAACCGACGGGCCAAGGCCAAGAGGCUUCAGGAGGCCGAGGUGGAGAAACUCAAAAUAGCAGCUGGCGUCGCACCCAAGACCAUGCUGCACCCGGGCUUCUCGUCCCUAACCUUCCCCCUCAGCGUUAACCUGCGGGCCGGUUCGGCAGCACUCCACGGACUGGGCUGCUCGUACAGCUGCGGCCCCGUCCUCCCCGCUGCACACUUGGCCAUGUACACCUCACAGGUCGGAUACAGACUGUUCCACCUCUCCUGAGGGCGUUCAGCGGCGUACAAACAAAGUGUUGUGGAUCUUGUUGGGAGUAAAAAAAGAACGAAAGAGUUUAUUAAUGCGUGCACCUUCUGAGAGACUUGUCUGAACUGGAGCUGAAGCUUCAUGAUCGAGGAGAAGGUAAAUAAAUGUCGUUGAGGAGGGACGAGGUCACGAGGACACAGCACCAGACUGUUUCUCUUUGACGCUAGUGGUGAUUCAGCAGGGGACAUUUGUAAUGAAGGGAAAAUUCAUCAGGCCGUAUGUAUCCCGUGUCCUGAAUACCAGUUUGCAUAUAUUGUAGUUUUGACUUGUCUUUUCUUCUCUUUUUGUAUUUCCUGGAUGAUUAUUAUUCACCCUAUUAGCCUCGAACAUGCAGAGAUAUUUGAUGCUCCUUGGAGAAAAACCGACAAUGACCAUUCUGGCCAGUGGAAGUGCAUGUUUGUAUGGAAGCCAAAUUAUUCCCAAUCGACAUUAGUUUAUGGUAGCCCUUGGAUUGAUAGAUGUCAUGUUUCUACAUCUUUUUAAAGUUGAUAUUCUGUGUUUUAUUAUUAAAUUGAAGCUUUUAGUUCACCCUC